GCUAACUGACGUCCAGCUUCAAGGUCCAAAAAAGUUUCGAAGCUUCAGUCUCGCGUCGAGUCUCAAAGCAAGCCAAGCUCACAUGUCACCAUGAUCAUAAGAAAUGCAGCAGUCCGGCACUGCCGGUCUGCCUUUUCAGCUCCGGUUGCCCGCGCCGUAAAUGGCAACACAAGCGGCAUCCGCAGCAUCUCAACCGAGACCCCCUCUACCUCGGGCACCGCCCACGCCUCUACUCCUCUUACACACCCUCUCCCGAGCACCGGAACGGCAACAGCCACGGCUACGUCAGCGGCUCCUCUGGCAGUGCCGAAGGUUCUUGACCCUCGUCUUCAGGCACGGUUCGGAGAGACCCAAAAGGAAGCGGCGCCCGACACGACGGCCCGCGACUGGAUCGAGCUUAAGCGGUUCCGCAAGAAGACAUCGGGGCUCGGCUCUCAGCGCUCAACGCGGACCUACCGCCCCAGCGAUCUGCUGCGGGACCCGCCCAAGCCCAAGGACGUGACGCUGGAGCUGCUGAUGGCGUCGCAGUGCCACAUGGGCCACCACAAGUCACUGUGGAACCCGGCCAACGCGCGCUUCAUCUACGGCGUGCGGCAGGACAUUCACAUCAUUUCGCUGGAGCAGACGGCGGCGCACCUACGUCGGGCCGCGCGUCUGGUCGAGGAGGUUGCGUUCUGCGGCGGUCUGAUCCUGUUUGUCGGCACGCGCCAGGGCCAGAUGGAGAUUGUGACGCGGGCCGCCGAGCUGAGCCGCAGCUGCCACCUGUUCAACAAGUGGACGCCAGGCACCAUCACGAACCGCGACCAACUGCUGGCGGGCGGCGCGCUCAGGAUGGUCGACGAGCACGAUCGUGAGCUGCCCGGGUUCGAGAAGCACCUGCAGGAGCGGAGGCCCAUCACGCCGGAUUUGGUCGUGGUGCUGAACCCGCUCGAGAACAACAUCCUGUUGCAUGAGUGCAAGGUAUCGCAGAUCCCGACGAUCGGUGUCAUUGAUACGAAUGCCGACGUCACCAAGGUCACUUAUCCUAUUCCAGCCAACGAUGACAGUCUGCGAAGCAUGGCCGUCAUUGCCGGCGUUCUGGGACGUGCAGGUGAGUUGGGCCAGAAGCGACGUCUCGCAGAUGCCAAGGGCGGUCAGGUUCACUGGGAAAACCCGGCCGAUGUGACACGUUUCUUGGACUCACUCAACCGGGAUGCCAUCGAGGCGACGCGCCAGCAGAUGGAGGUGGAAGUCAAAGAAGAGAAGCGUCUGCUUGAGACUGCCGGCAUAAAGGAUCUGCUCAUGUGAUGGAGGCGUGGCCCCGUAUGCUUUCUAUUCUCGUUGCCUACCACCACCGGGUCUUUGGUUCUGUGUGGAAUGGCUGUAUUACAUGUGAAUAAGUUUGUAAAAAUACAUUUGAAAGAAAUAGACAUUGUAACCAUGA